AUGUCGGACCCUUCACUGACAAUCACUGACUCGCUCAAGCAGCUCGUUCCUCAGGUACUCGGAUAUAGAGCAGUCACGGUAUCACUGGCAGCACACACCAGCCGCUCAACGCUCAGCAAGACAAUCUUGUGUUUCUCCAAGCCUGAUCUCUCCAUGAUGCCCCCCUCUUUCAAGUCGGAAUGCCUCAUUUCUGGGCGAUCUCGUGUUGUUACCGUCCUCUGCCGCAAGCCAAACUCGGAAGCUUUUAUUACGAGCUUUACCAUUCGAGUGCCUCCGUCCGAGUCUAUUCGCCGAAAUUUAUGGAGCUCGUACACAAGCAACCGUCCGGAGCUGAACAAACCUAGCAUGCACAAUUCAUCCAUUUCGGUUACUACUAGUAGGGCCUGGGCUGGAGCUUCUAGAUUUCCGAUACAAAUCAAUAUAUCACUAAAAAACUUUUACAUUGCUCGAGCGCUAGCGCUCAUGUAUGGCAAAGAGCAUUUUGGUUUACAAUUGCAAAAUAUCGCGCUUACUGAGAGUCGGCGUCGCCGCCACUAUUUUUGGAGUGUACGCCUCUCGGUCGAAGGGUACCAAUCCAAUGAGCUACACUACAAUUAUAAAUGGUAUUUAAGAAUGCAUGCUACGCAAGUCUAUAUAGUAAGACGUAGAUCUAGGGGAGGGGACACCUGUGUCCCCUCCAUUUCUCCGUCCCCCUACCCCCAUCAGUCCGCCGUUCCCGCCGGCCACUUGAGCAUCUACGCAACUCAAACCACUAUUCUAUCGUCGGUGAUACAUGAGGGAGAGAAAGUCCUGACAUUAAGGGCAGUGAUGCACUUCCAGGCCGUAUCUACGCGUGAAUACCCGGCCGCAGGUGUUGCAAGGAUACCUGAUCCCGAGAUGCGUUCCUUGUACAUGGCGCGUUCAGCCGCCGCAACGUCCAGUGAGAAGGCAAAAAUGACCUGGUUAUGUGCCAUAGUAGUAUUGAGGUUGUGCCCACUGCAGAUUGUGGUUUCAGGAAACGCGAAACGCCUUUUAUUGAGUCAAGCUUGCAAGGAGGCCCACCGUGCCAACUCUCCCAUUCCUAGCCUGGAGGACACUACGAGUCAUAAUGUGGGCUGGCGGGGAGCCACUGGACAAACCAUAUGUGCCGGUUGGCAGUGGUACCGGUCCCUCCGAGCUGAGAUCUCAUCCGAUUGGAAUGCAGCUUCCAUUGCGGUUUCCACCCGCCAGCAGGCCAAAGGCCUUGGCCUUUGGACCGAAAAUCGUUCCAAGUCUGAGACGCUAAUUUAA